AUGGCGCCGACGUUGGCGAAGACCGGCUCAACCGGCUCACUGCUCAACUCAUGCACGACUAGGGCUUGCUGCACCACCCUUGUAUGGGGAGAAUACGGAAUCAGACUGAAGGACACAGACCGCCGGAUAUCAGCAGCACAUCUCAAGAUCGCAGACGAAACCAUCAAGAAACGACUGCGAGGAAUGAAAUACAGAUUAUAUCAUCGUGUCGCGGCAAACAUAGGUGUUUAUACCAGCGGUAAUGAUCAACGUAUGGGAAAGGGAAAGGGCUCAUUCGACUACUGGGCUGCAAGAGUGCCUGUCAGCAGAAUCUUGUUCGAGUUGAAGGGAGAAGUGCACGAGCAGGUUGUGAGGGACGCCUUCCGAUUGGCAGGAAACAAAUUGCCAGGACAAUAUGAAUUCGUGAAGAAAGGAGAUCCGCCCGUCAUGGGCAUUACAAAGUUGGGAAAUGGUGUUACAGAAGAGGAGUUGAGGAGACCGCGGAAAAAGCUGCCGGAGCCGAAUAUUAUGAGCACGGCGGCAAGAAUACCGGCUACCACACCUGUGUAA